UCGCCUCGCGCGGCUCGGGGCUGAACUCUGGAGCGAGUCAAGGGCUUCCUGGGUCCGCUGUGUCCCCUGGGCCUACGGGGGCGUUUACGUCUUCUUGGAGCCGAGGACCAUGUUACCAUAGAAACCCUUGCCUGGGAUCCGAGAUUAUGACUGUACCUUUUAACUCUGUAGCUGGAGCACAAGAAGUGUUUGUUUAAUGAAUGACGUACACAUUAAAGAUCUGUUUGGAUGCUGAGGAUAAUCCUGUGAAUUGCUAAUAGUUCACUGGGUUUGGCCCUUAGUGUUGACUUCAGUAUGCUGAGACGAAAACCAACACGCCUAGAGCUAAAGCUUGAUGACAUUGAAGAGUUUGAGAGCAUUCGAAAGGACCUGGAGACCCGUAAGAAACAGAAGGAAGAUGUGGAAGUUGUAGGAGGCAGUGAUGGAGAAGGAGCCAUUGGGCUCAGCAGUGAUCCCAAGAGCCGGGAACAAAUGAUCAAUGAUCGGAUUGGUUAUAAACCCCAACCCAAGCCCAAUAAUCGUUCAUCUCAAUUUGGAAGUCUUGAAUUUUAGAGAUGGAUUAUCUUGCAUGCCAGAGCGCUGGAAUGGAAUAAAAUGAUGGCAGAAGUACAAACCAGAUUUAGAGAAUUGAGUGCUUGCAGUCAAGCAGAAUGUACCUCCUGCAGAGACAAAUCCUUCUGCAUGAGAUUAGUGAUGCUUCGCUUGCACUCUAAGCUGGAAUCUAAACUCUGGUUUGUCUCUGGAAAAUUUGACUCUAUAAAACUGAUCUGAUUUUUUGUUUUUAAAAAUAAAUAUAUUUUUGGAAAAA